UUAGGACCACAUCGCCCCAGCUGGCCAGCUUAUAUAUCCAUCCCAGAAACUUCCACCUACACACUUGACCUUUUUUUUCCCCUUCCUUUCAACUAAACACAGAAAACUGUGUUGUGAGGCCAAAUCCAUAUCAAGAUCAAAAUGAUGCAAACGGAGCAUCUUCCCCACACACACUCUUCUCCCAGCUUCAGCAGCUACUCAUCUUCUGAGACCUUGGCUCAAAUUGCCGCCAGAGUCAUCCAAGAACUUCAACAAGACCCUCUCUACGCCAACGACCUCCUUUUUCCCUCCUCAUGGCCCCAAAACGACUUCCAACAUGACCAAAACGACAACGACGACGAUGACAACAACCAAGACGACGACGAAUUCGAAUUCUCCCUCGUUUCCAGAGAUAUUGCCUCCUCCCCCGUUUCCGCCGACGACAUUUUCCACAACGGCCACAUCACUCCAAGCUACCCACUCUUCGGCCGACACGUCCUCCUCAACGGCGUCUUCUCGGAUUCUCCGCUUCGCGCCAGUGAAACGACUCCGGCACCGGCACCGGCACGGCGACGUUUGCCUCUGAGGGCUCUGAUGUUGGAGGAGCACGAAAACAACAGCAAAAACGAACUGGAAGGUGUGGCGGAGGGAAGCUACUGUGUGUGGACCCCACAGAGCUGCAAGAAGAGCAGCUCUGCCGGUUCUAGUUCUUCGAGGAGAUGGAAGCUUCGAGAUUUGUUACUCAGAAGCCAUAGCGAUGGCAAGGAACCGAUUCUGUUUAUUAAUAACAGCAAGGCCGUGCUACCAAAUCAAAAUGGCUCGGCCGCCGUGAAGGAUGGUGGAGAGAGGUCUAAGAGGAGGUUUUUCUUGCCUUACCGCCAAGAGAUUCUGGGGCUUUUUGGGAAUAAUAAUAAUAAUAGUGGAGUUGGUAGAGACUCGCAACCUUCUUCAAAUCCCAACUAGGUUCCUACUUUUUCUUUCUUCUUUUCGGUUUGGGGUCCUCAAAAUUAUAUUUGUUGGUUCUCCCUCUUUUCUUUUAUAUUUGUAUUCUUUAAAGUUUAAAUUUUAUUUUAAAAAAUAAAUAUAAUUUCUUAUCAUUUA